AUGCAAAAACUCGGCAUUGCCGAUCGCUCUCUGAAACUCAACUCUCUCUCAGUUCAAUCGCAGAACCCCUCAGCCUCUCUCUCCUCUGCCGCUGCCUUCUGGACCCCCUCGCAGCUCUUCCCGGAUUCUGCAACACCAGUUAGCUUCUCUGAAGCACCUUUGGCUAAGAAAGAUAAAUCUUUGGAUGGUGAAGUUGAUUUAAUGAGGGAGGGAUCCAGGCCAGAGGUUUACACAGAAGAACAUGAAAAGCUGCUGGGAAGCAUUGAGACUCUAUUUGUAGAUGGAUGUGACAAGGAUGGGAGGCGAAUUUAUGAUCAAGUCAACGGAAAAACUUGCCAUCAGCGCAGGAGUGAACAACAGAGGUUGGGUUUGCGAAAUCAUAUGGCAACAGAGGUUGGGUUUGCGAAAUCCGAUAACCAAAUGGAUAAUUCAUGA